AUGGGAGACGCAAAUGUUUCAAAGGGACCUGAGGGUCAAACAAAUGGCAAUGGCAGGAAACACAUUUUGAUCAAUGCAUUUGACAUGUCGACCGUGGGACAUUUGUCUCCGGGCCAGUGGAAGAACCCAAAGGACAAGUCUGCAACAAAACGCAACCUCGAGUAUUGGAUCGAGCUAGCAAAGCUACUUGAGAGAGGAGGUAUCAAUGCUUUGUUUCUAGCAGAUACCACAGGUGGGCAUGAUACCUAUGAGGGAAAGCUUGACGAAUGUAUUCGACGAGCUGCACAAUGGCCAGUUACCGAUCCAACCAUUCCCAUCUCCGCAAUGGCUGCCGUCACUAAGAAUCUGGCCUUUGGUAUCACGGCUUCGACCUCCUUUGAACAACCAUUCCUCUUAGCAAAGCGUUUCUCUACACUUGAUCAUUUGACCAAUGGUCGUUUGGGAUGGAACAUCGUCACCUCAUACAAGAAGGCAGCUUUCAAAGCUAUCGGAAUUGAUACCCCCAUUGAGCACGAUCAGCGAUAUGCCCAGGCAGAUGAAUAUCUCCGGGUACUCUAUAAACUAUGGAAUGGUUCCUGGGCCUCAGAUGCCCUCUCCCCAGACCCAGAGAAGGACUCCUACAUCAACCCCGAUAAAGUCAGGGAAAUCAACCACAAAGGAGAGUUCUUCUCCCUAAGCACACGCCACAUAGUCGACCCCUCACCCCAAAGAACACCCUUCCUCUUCCAAGCCGGCACCUCCCCCGCCGGCUCAGCAUUCGCCUCAACGCACGCCGAAGCAAUCUUUGUCUCCUCCCACUCCCCCGAAAUCCUGAAACCCAAGAUCCAAAACAUCCGCAAGCUAGCCGCGGAGAAUGGUCGAGAUCCGAGCUCCAUUAAAUUCUUUGGAACGUUCACGCCCAUAGUAGGACGCACAGAUGAGGAGGCCCAGGAAAAGUACGAGGAGGUAAAGAAACAUGCUUCUGUUAUCGGGGGAUUAGUUCUGUUCAGUGGGUGGACGGGUAUUGAUAUUUCGAAGAUCCCGUUGGAUCAGGAGAUUACAGCUGCGGACUCCUUGGAGGCAGGGAAGGUGACUAGUUUGCUUGAUUCAUUGGUGAAGACUAGUAAGGAUGUGCCGAAAUGGACGCCGCGGGUUGUUGCUGAGAAGGCUGCUAUUGGGGGGUUGGGGCCUUUGUCAAUUGGGAGUCCUGAGACCGUUGCUGAUGAGAUGGAGAGGUGGAUUCGAGAGGCGGAUCUCGAUGGGUUUAAUAUUGGGUAUGUUACUACGCCGGGGACUUUUGAGGAUCUGAUUGAUCUCCUUAUUCCUGAGCUGAGGCGGAGGGGUCUUUAUCCUGAGCUUCCGUCUGAGGACGACGAGCCUCUUACGGCCCGGGAGAAGAUCUUUGGGAAGGGACAGAAGGAACUAAGGAGUGAUCAUAUUGGUACUCGGUAUAACUAUGAUGUUUAUCAGGAGGAGGAGCCAUAUGUUGCUGAUAAAUAG